AUGGAAACCCAACCAACACAGGACGAUAGACAACCGGUCCAGGAGCUGCUAUUGAAAGCGGACGAGGUUGAUGCUGGCACUACAAUCAAAUCACCUGGCGAUACACGGCCUCUGAGCGCACUGACUACAUCUGGAAACCCACCUUCUCCUGCUAAACCUGCAGUACCGACAAGGCCAGGUCUGAGACGUGAGACAUCGACGCCUCCUCCACCACCUCCUUCACAACCUCCGCCAGCCCCGCCGACUCAGCCUGAAGAUCCCACAGAUUCGCUGAGUCUGCCACAGCUCAGACAACUGGUUCGACAUUUUCCUAAACCUGAGGCUAAAGCAUUCGCGUAUCAGUAUCAGGAUGCCCAAGAAUUUGCUAUAGAGAUUGACGAGUGGUUCCAUUACACCGCCCCCGAUCAGGACAGAGAUUAUCUGCUCACGGCCCAGGAGAGUUUCGAGGACAGCUGGCAGUCCUACGCCCGGACUGUGCUCAAACGCAAAGAUAUCACUUGGCUUGACGCAGAGCGAGCCCAGCAGACAGAUUUCAUUGAACAUGUUGGCCCUCGAAUAAAAAGUGACGAUAUUUCGGAGCGUCAGAGAGCUGUAGCUUCUUUGCUGUUCGUCCUAUGCGGAGUGUGGAAAUUGACUGCAGGUACUGAUCAAUCUCCUGACGAUAAGACGGACGACAAGCCAAUUGGAAAUUUGGUGCAGAUUGAAUGGAUGCACAAGAAUGUCGAUCUGGUUAUUACUACAGGUGUCACAGUUCCUCUCUAUGACAACUUGAGGAAGGCUCUCGAACGACCCUUUGCGGAUGCUGGAGCAAAGCAGGAUGGUGAGGAUGCAUACGAAGGUCUUUUUGAUGAUGCACAAUAUUGUGAAAUCUCCCUAUGCCUUUCCUGCUUCUACAUGAUUGUCGAGUCGGCACGCUCCCGGAUUGAUCAUGAAGCAGGUCGUGCAAUUCGACGACAUCUCCUCAACCGACGACCAGACUUCCUCGUAUUCCUUACACGCACAGUAUCUCGACUAAGAUGGGACGAAACUUACAAUAUACCCUUAAUGCAUGCAGUACAAUUACUUUGGAAAUCUAUCUUGCUAGCAUUUGGGGAUACAAAAGAUUGUAUAGAACGGUUGAAGAACGACUUACAGCCUCGAGCCGAUCGAUUCUCAGCAGACGCAUGCAAGCCUAUCCUAACAGCAUCGCCGUUGGACUACCAUCUCUUUCGCCAAGAGAUCACAUCCAAGUAUCCUGCAUACAAUCCUCCUCUUCCGUUGAUUCCUCUUGAAAAUGACCAAAGAACGAUUCUUCCUCCACUUCCUCAUCAUGCAGCCAAGAUUGAAACCUUCGAUGCUUUUCACAAACAAGGACAGCCGAGCGGGUCAAUCAUGCACCAGCCUGUACAUAUCGCCACGCCCGCACCAUCUCCUCCACCUUCACCAGCUGGUCCUGGAGGCAAAGGAGGCAAGAAGCAGAACUACCAAACCAACCAGAACUUCCCGUUCCUCUAUCCUCCUCUCGACAGUGACAGUAACAGUAUUGGUGGGCGUGGAGGUGCGCAACACCAGGAUGCGACGGUUGGCCGGAAGUGGGAGGGCAGUGAUAUACCAGCUUCCAUUCUGGAGGCAGGAGAACUUUUCGCUAGCCGAAUGCGGAUGACGCGAGCAAUGAAACAAUUGUGGAAAGAACGGGAUGAAUUUAUGCGCUACGAUCGUGGUUGGUCUUCGCAAAGUAAAGAUGAAGCUCAAAGGAAGCACGACUCGAAGAAAGAAGUUGCGAAUGGAGAUAGAGCUCAGGACGUGGAUCUGCAAGAUCGCAUGGACGUGGUCGAAGAGUACUUCCAUAAGGCUUUGCCAGAUUUGCAAUCGCUGAUCAUCGUGAUGAUGAAGGUCAUGCUCACCAACGUGCAGGACAUUUCUGUUCGCAACACUCAACUGCAGGAAACGCAAAACUUGCAAGGGGCACUACAUCGAAGUAAAUCAACCAGCAACCUGAACAACGCUCCAAACACGAUACCGAAUCCACCUUCACCGCCACGGCCAAGCGAAAUGACACUAGAUGACCUUGACAACAUCAGAACACGUGAAGUCAGCCAGAAGGCUAUAUCCGCGUGUUUGUUCUUGAUGCUGAAGUGGUUCAAGAUCAGCCACAUACUCAAAUUCGAAUACAUCACACAGCUUCUGCUUGAUUCUAAUUACAUCCAGUUGACGCUCAAAUACUUUGCACAUCAGAAUUUAGAAGAGCUAGUCUCUUUUCGCUACGAUCGUGACGACCUGUCUUUCUGGCGCUACUGUCAGCUUCAUUCGGAUCGUCCACCACUAUCUCCAACAUCGCCAAGUCAUCAUUCGGACCACGAAGGAUCAGACGAUGAUGCUGUUCCACCACCAAUCCAGAGACACCGUCGCUCCUCAACUUCAGCUUCUGAUGGUGCUGAAUCAAAUCAAGCACAAAAGGGGGAGCAAGGUUCAAUCACCAUCAGCACUCCCAUUGACCAGAAUGCACCUACUGCAUCUCCACAACCACUCGUUGACGAGCUAGGCAAUCCACUGACUGACUUUCCAGCAAAUCCAUUGCCAGUUGACAGUUUCAGUACGCGGCAUUUUCACACCAGUAUAUCCCUCCUUCGCAUUCUUCAGAAAGUGACACGUGGCAAAGCUCAUCGAGUUCUCCUUCUCGUCUCCUUUAAAUCUGCUCAGAUUCUUCGUCGGAUUCUCCGUGUUCCAGAACCGACGCUUCGGUUGUAUGUCCUUAAGCUGUUCAAAUCACAAGUCCCUUACUGUGGCCAAUUACGUGAUGAGUGGCUCGCCGGCCUACAUGAUGCAGCUCCUGGAGCAGGAAUGGGUGGUCCGGGAGCAGACGGCCAGGGCGGCGACUACGACGAAGCUGUGCCGCUCGAAUGGGGUCUAAGAGGUUUGACCUUCUGGUGGAUGAAAAGACAAUACGGAGACAUGAUGAAACUCAAAUCACAGCGUAACAGGAAACCUGGUGAAGAUUCGAAAGCCACAGAUGAGGAAGCUGGUCAGGAAGUCAACGACGAGGAGAGAGACUUCUUCAAGCGCGAAUUAGAUGCUGUUGGCUGGGGUCUAGCGGAGAUGAGAUUCCGAGGGGAGGGCGAGGAUGUCGGUUUCGGUGAAGAGGCGCCUGGGCUCAACAACGAGGUGGUAAGUGGUGUUAAUGGUACACAACAACCACCCACACCUGUUCCGGGCCAAAAUCGUGGACAGGAUUUCGGAAUGCAUUCUGCACGAUGGGCUGCUGAGUCACCAAACUCAGAGUUUGGACCAAUGGGUAUUGCGCAAGGAGGGCCCGGGCUGGGCAGCAAUAUGCCUGCUUGGCAGUAG